ACUGUGUUGGUCUCUCGACUUGAGCGCAUGAGGAAGGGGUCAACUCCCAGGAUCCAGGAUUUUAACGUUUUAUAGACAUAAAAUAUCACCGAAACACCAUGAGUAGAGAGGCUGAAAUGAAAGAAGUGGAACUCAAUGAGUUGGAUCAGGAGAAGCAGCCGAUGACGGGUGACACCCCAGCUGCGGCAGAGAAAAACGGCUGUGUAAAGGUGAAAGUUCCAGACGAUAACGAUGUGAAAUUUACCGGACUCUCCAAAGACGAGUUGAUGAAAGUAGCAGGGACUGCGGGGUGGGUCCGCACUCGAUGGAUCUUGUUGGUUCUGUUCUGGCUAGGUUGGGUCGGCAUGUUGGCUGGAGCAAUAGUUAUCAUUGUCCAGGCACCCAAAUGUAAACCCAUCCCAGAAAUGAACUGGUGGAAUGAGGGUCCUUUGUACGAGAUAGCUGACGUGAAAGGUCUUUCUGAGAGCAGUGGCCUCAAGGUGAUUGAGGAGAAACUGGACAGUCUGGGACAGCUUAAGGUGAAAGGUUUGAUUCUGGGGCCUUUGCACAGAGUCCAGAAAGACCAGCUGAGCACACUAGACCUGACAUCUGUGGAUUCCCUGGUGGGUUCAAAUGAAGACAUGGAGAGCCUUCUGCAACGCGCUCACAAAAAGGGUCUCUCCAUAUUGUUGGAUCUGACGCCAAACUACGAGGGAUUGCAGGCUUGGUUCGGACAGGCUUCCGUUGUGGCACAGCAACUCAAGGCUGCUUUAACCUACUGGAUCAGUAAAGGAGUGGAUGGAUUUUUGGUAUCCAGCCUGAGGGAGAUCAGUACCACCUCUGCCUGGCCUGACAUUGUGGCGGUUGUCCAGGGCAACAGGACGGAGGACACUAAAAAAAUUGCUCUUAUGGGUGCAGUACAGGGUCUGACAGCUGACGAAGCCUCUGAAAUGCUGAACCGCUCUUCCGUGGAUCUGCUGUUGUCGGGACUACCUGACCCGGGUCAGACCGGUACGGACCAGGCCAGGACGAUCCAGACACUCUACGCGAACAGCAACCAGGGCAGCCUGGGCUGGAACCCGAGCGGUCGAACCCUGGGCCGCCUGGCCUCCCGGAUCCCUGCCGGAUCCAUCCAGCCGUUCCACACCUUGCUGUUCACCCUCCCGGGCACGGCCGUGUUCAGCAGCGGAGACGAGAUCGGACUGUCUGACACGGAUUCUCUAGAUGAGCUGUGGGACUUGGAUAGUGCCGCUGAGGAGAGUAACGCCACAGUAAAGGCAUUGAGAGAAAAGAGGAACGAGUUGCGGGGUUUCUUUAAAAGUCUUAGCGACUUGAGAGGGAAAGAACGAGCUCUCCUCCACGGGGAGUACAUUCCUCUCCACAAUUCCUCCUCCUCCCUGGCCUUCCUUCGCCUGUGGGACCAGAGCGAGCGUUUCAUAACCGCUGUCAACUGGGGAGACGCACCCGUUACCAUGACGCUGACCCAUGAAGACCUGCCCCCUGAGGCCAAGGUUCGAAUCAGCACAGACCUGGAGAAGAUGCCAGUGGACAGCAUGCUUUCUCUAGAAAAGCUAGUCUUAGAACCCAAACAAGCUCUUCUUCUGUCGUACCCCUUCUCAAGUUAGAUAUUGUCCCCACCCUCACACGCGCAGUCGCGUAGGAGUCUUUAAAACAAAGGGUAAAAUACACCAAGUUCUCUCAAUUGUGGUUUUAUUGUUUUUUUGGUCUUUUUUUUCACCAAGAGCUUCUACUGCAGUGCAGAGCGACAGGAACAACAAAAAAAAGUUGAAUUGUAUAAAUUGUCAGUGCCUGUUUUCCCCUUUAAACACCACAGACCGUCGUUUUUUUAAACGUCCGUCGGGUUUUUUUUUUUAAAUGUUCUUUGCCGACCUUCUUUUUAUUUUAGGGGAAUUAACUGGAAAACUUAAAACAGUGGUGUCACAGUUUGAGAGUUUAGUUUACCCUGUAGAGAACAAAGAGAAAUUUGAUGUCCGUACGUGAGAGACAAAAUGGAAGAAAAUAAAGA